AUGACUUUUUUCAAACAACCCCUGUCUACGGAGUGGACGUUCAAGGACCGAGAUGACGAGACACCGGAUGCAUGGAUGCCCGUGCGGGCAGUGCCUUCCACGGUGCAGCAGGAUCUCAUGGCAAACAAGAAGCUCGAGGAUCCUUACCUAGGCUUGAACGAACUCAAGGCACGCUGGGUCAACGAGAAGACAUGGGUGUAUCGACACGUUUUUCAACGACCGGAAAUCCCUGCCGGUGCGACCGUGGCGCUGGUAUUUGACGGCCUAGACACUCUUGCCUCAGUCAGGCUCAACGGCGAGACAAUCCUCGAGUCGAGCAAUAUGUUCCUAGGCUACCGUCUGGAGAUCACAGAAGCCCUGGAGUCAACCAAGAGCACAAACGUGCUAGAGAUCGAAUUCGAUUGCGCCCUGCUCAAAGGAAUCGACCUUCGCAACAAAGACCCUGGUCAUAAAUGGUACGGCAUGUUUGGAGAUAUGGGCCGCUUAGCCGUGCGCAAGGCUCAAUACCAUUGGGGUUGGGAUUGGGGACCAGUCAUCAUGACGGCCGGUAUCUGGCGUGAGGUGCGACUGGAAGUCUACUCUGCACGAGUGGAAGACCUAUGGCCACAGACACACCUCGCUGCUGACCACAAGACGGCGAGUGUCACCGCAGUUGCUAAAGCGGAUGCGGUUAAUCCGGAAGGCUGCGUCGCUCGCUUCCAUUUGACUCUACGCGGACAUGAAAUCGCCCGCCAGGAUAUCCCUACAAGCGCCGAUAAAAAUGCCGAGGCUACUUUUGAGGUCAACAAUCCCGAACUGUGGUGGCCACAUGGCUACGGCUCGCAGACCUUGUAUGAAGUGUCAGUAUCACUCCUAUGCGAUGGAAACGAGCUACACCACGUGUCCAAGAAAUUCGGCAUUCGGUCCGCCGAGGUCGUUCAGCAACCGGAUAAACAUGGAAAAUCAUUCUUUUUCCGAAUCAACGGAGUGGACAUUUUCUGUGGAGGUUCUUGCUGGAUCCCUGCCGAUAGUCUGCUCCCUAGUAUCAGCGCAGAGCGAUACCGGAAAUGGAUCGAGCUAAUGGUGGCGGGUGGCCAGGUGAUGACAAGAGUAUGGGGCGGCGGGAUCUACGAAGACGAUGCUUUCUAUGAUGCUUGCGAUGAGCUUGGCGUGCUUGUAUGGCAAGACUUCAUGUUCGCUUGCGGCAACUACCCAGUAUGGCCUGAGCUACUAGAUUCCGUACGACAGGAGGCAGCCUUUAACAUACGCCGAUUGAGACAUCGUCCUUCAAUUGUGAUCUACGUUGGCAACAAUGAAGAUUAUCAAUUCCAGGAGCAGACGGGACUCACUUACAACUUCGAAGAUAAGGACCCGGAAAGUUGGUUGAAGUAUGACUUCCCAGCGCGCUACAUUUAUGAAAAGAUACUUCCAGAAGUGGUAUCAGAGUACUCGCCGAGUACUUUUUACCACCCGGGAAGCCCAUGGGGAGAUGGGAAACUCACGACCGAUCCUACCGUAGGAGAUAUACAUCAAUGGAAUGUGUGGCAUGGAACGCAGGAGAAAUAUCAGAUCUUUGACACAUUGGGAGGGCGCUUCAACAGUGAGUUUGGAAUGGUAGGCUUCCCGCACAUGUCGACAAUCGAGUACUUUGUGGAAAACGAGAAAGACAAGCACCCACAGUCACAAGUUAUGGACUUCCAUAACAAGGCUGAUGGCCACGAGAGGCGAUUGGCGACGUAUUUGGUGGAAAACCUACGCAUGGCUACCGACCUGGAGACAUACAUCUACCUCACACAGGUCAUCCAGGCCGAGACGAUGACGUUCGGAUAUCGUGGGUGGCGCCGCCAAUGGGGUGAUGAUCGAAAAUGUGGUGGAGCACUCCUAUGGCAAUUGAAUGACUGCUGGCCAACGAUCUCAUGGGCAAUUGUGGACUACUUCUUGCAGCCAAAGCCUGCGUAUUACACAGUUAAGCGCGCGAUGCAGCCGCUUACGAUCAGUGUACAGCGUGCCCAUCACGACUGGAGUGUGGUGCAUGCAGAACCCGCUAAACAGAGCAAGUACGAGGUGUGGGUUACUAGCAGCCGACAGGAUGUGCUACAUGGAACUGUUGAGCUACGAUUCCUAUCCGUGGAGACGGGAAGGGACCUGCGCGCCCCGGCUGUCUUUGAGAACGUGACUAUUUCGGCUAAUGGUACUUCGGAGAUAACAAGUGGGAUCAUUGAUCAUGCCACCCAGCCUGAGCCACAUGUUCUGGCCGCGCGGCUAUGGAUAAACGGUCAGAUUGUGGCCAGGGACGUUGACUGGCCACAGCCGUUGAAGUAUCUCGACUUUUCGGAUCGCGGACUGGAAGUGAAGUCGCAGCCAGGAGCUUCAGCCGGGCGACAGCUCCUUGCAAUUAGCUCAAGAAAACCGGUGAAAUGUCUUGUCUUUGAGGAGCGAGCAAAUGUGAGGAUCAGCGACAGCGCUAUAGAUAUUGUGCCGGGAGAUGAACAGAUAGUGGAGAUUACGGGUCUAAGCGACAGUGACCCACCGUUGGGCUAUCGUUACCUCGGUCAAUAG